UAGAGUCUUGUCGCGUUGUGCUUGCUGCGUUUGUCUGUUAAUCCGGGGUAGCGACUGAAGGUGUUCGGCCCGAUGACAACUCUAAGCUUUCUCGCACUUGCUGUCAUAUCUAUCACGCUGUCUGGCGUGCAAGUGUUUGCAAACGACUUAGGUGGGCAAGAUUUCGGUGGGCAAGGCUUCCCUACGUCAGCGUCGAGUUCGAAGAGUGGCAGUUGUCCAACUGUGGUCGACAAUCCAUGUGCGACUACUGAGAACGAGUGCACAGACGAUGGAGACUGUCUUGGAACUAAGAAGUGCUGCCUAUGUCCGUCUGCAUCUCUUGUUUGUGCACCAUCCGCACCAUCCACCACCAAGACAAAUGAGAGGACGUGCAGCUUUGACAGUAAAAGCUACAAAGUCAGUCAAACUCGAAUGAAAGGCGAUAACGUCUGUACCUGUAAUGGGGACGGCAGUUGGAACUGUGUCCCUCCUCCAUCUGUACAUUUGGGUGAAUGCCCAGAAAACGUUGCAUCUAGUUGUAAUGCUACAACAUGCAGUGAUGAUGGAGAUUGUGAGACUUAUCAAAAAUGCUGUCACAUAAUACCAUGUGGAGCGAAGAAAUGUAAAACUGUCCGAGCUGCAGGUGAAUGUCUCGUCAACAACCAGAACCAUGCUGCUGGCGUCAAACUUCCUCCUACUGAUGCUACACUUAGUAUCGAAUGUAACUACUGCAUAUGUGAGAGUCAUGGCGUAUUGACUUGCACUAAGAUUAGAACUUGCCCUACGACCCCUUCUCCUACUCAAGGGGACAGCAAUGGAACAAAUUGCCAACAUAGUCUUGCAGGUUUUAUGAUAAUUGUUGCAUUGGUGGUGAUUUGGCUACACCAGUAGGUGAUGUCUCUAAGUAAGUUUUUACUUUAUCUCCAAAUUGCACUUGAUAGAGUCGUUUAGUACUUGUCAUUUACCUAGUUGCAACUGUAACUGUCUAGUAAACUGAUAAUUGAGAAUUUUGUCAAACAGCGAGAUUUAUUACAUAAUGA